AUGACUGAUCUUGCUAAUGGCAUUAAAGCUAUCAGUGGACAUUUUGAAGAAUGUGAUGCUCAUAAGAUCUUGUUGACUUUGCCUAAAUCCUACAAGCCACAAAGAUGUGUUAUACAAGAGAGCAAUAAUUUGAGUGAGUAUACUAUUGAUCGGCGUAUGGGUACUUUAGUAGCCUAUGAGAUUUCAGAAAUGGAGGAAGAGAAAAGGGAAAAGAAAGAAGCGGGACUUAGUGUUUCAAGGCAUGAUGAUCCAAAAUGUAGUGGAGACCUAGAAGAAGCUAAAGCAAAUUUUGUGAGAAGAUGGCAGCGAGGCACUAGAAAAUGUGAAGGCAAGUUGCCUCUUAAAUGUUUUUCUUGUGGUAGAAUUGGGCAUUAUUCUUCUAGUUACACUAAUAGAGAAGACUAUAAGAGAUCAGAUGAUGAUGAGAAGAAAAAAAAGUUUAAGAAACACAACUUUAACAGAAGAGAGAAGAAGGGCUUAUGUUAUAUUGAGGAGCAUACAUUUGAAGAUGAAGUUGAUGAUGAUUCGAAUGAAGAAUCCUUGUUUCUGGCAAUUGAAGAUAAGGAGGAUGCUUUGAAGAAACCAAAAGAAGAGAGAACAGUUAAGGCUGCAUUGCAUGCUAAGAUAAAACCGAGAUUAAGACAUAGUUUGUUAAGUAUGAGUCAGAUGUGUAUAAAAGGAUAUGAAGUGUUAUUUAGUAGAUCUGGAUGUGUGAUCAGAAAAGAGAAGACUGGUAAAAGAGUUUCAGAAGGAGUUAGAACAUGUGGAAAUGUAUACUAUAUCAAUUAUAGAAAGGAGAAUAAAUGUUUGUUAGCGCAAAAGGUUGAGAUUGUUCUAGCAGCUCCUGAGAAGACAAGUGAUCCGAAAGAAAGUAAAGAGAAGGAAACAAAUGAUGAAGAAGAAGAGGAAGAUUCAACAAAAAUUCCUACCAAAUAUGUUUAG